AUGUUUCCAUUAACGCCAUUCCUGAGACUGCGUGCCGUGCGCACAUUUAUGCAGCUUAGAGAGGCGGCUACACCAUUUUCAGGGGAAACGGCCAUCACGAAUCCCAGGGCUCUGUCUGAGCGAUCCACGGACGUCGCGCGAGCAUGUCGUAUUGCUACCUCCCUUUUAAAGCAUCAUUUUCCACAACAGGAUUUACCAAGCCUGAAAGGAAAUGCAGAAAACUCUGCGAAAGGUAACAACGAGAAUGCGGCGGUUGAUCGUGUACAAAAAGCCCAUGUUUGGGCAGAAGCUUCUGGAAAAGCGGCGUAUCUUACACAUGUGGCUCAUCAGCGGCGAUUUGACGCGUCAAGUUCGACAGAUCUUGUCAAGAUGACGAACCGCACCUGGGCAUCUUGGGAUACGCGAAAAAAAGUGAAGUGGGUACUGGCUGCCCCUCAAGGCCGACGUGCGCUGCGGUUCCUGGCUGACACUGAUCCCGGCAGGACCCCCGAAAAAGGCCUCGGAUCGGCUCGCGGUAGGCCACCGCGGUUGGGGAAAAAAAAGAACCAAUCCCUCCUCCCACCCCGCAGUCCGAGUGCGGCGGCGGUGUCGUGUAAGCCGUCCAAGCGCCGCCACCUCACGCGGCAGGAAUGGGAUCGCUCACCACCGCCCCACGCCACGGAGGGGCCUUCUGCAGGAAAACAAGGCGUCUUUGACGCCGCCGCGACCGCUGGCGCCUCGCUCGAGCCCCCCCACGACCUUAGCGUGCCGCGGCUGCGGCAGCGCAACCGGUGGAAACAGAAGCUGAACCAAAUGCUCGGCCGAAACGACAGCCGGACUUUCCAGGGCACCAUCAAGGAACACCAACAAGAGUAUGAAGACAUUCCAGCCUCCGCCCAACCCGUCCAGGAGGCCUCCAAGGCGUCAAACACGGAUAUCUUUCUGAAUUUCUGCGAUGGUAUGAAUAUCGGCAGCGCGCGGAAAGCCUAUGUCCUACAAAAAAUGAUACCCUUCUUGGAUUCGAACGAACGCGACGUCGACAAUAACAGUGUGUCGCCCCUUUCCUUGGCGGAAGUCAAGGCAACAGCCCAAAGAUUUAGUCAAGAGUUUGAUCAAUAUCGUAAAGAUAUUCUAAAAGCUUCUGGGACUACUUUAGCUGUUCAAGCGUACGAAAAGGCUCUUAUUGAUGAAGAACUCGCGCAAGUUAGAUGUAAACUAGAUCGUUUUCAGGACAAAGUUCCUCUUUUGCAACGCAUUGCUAACCUGUGUAUGGGUCAUUAA